AUGCCAAACAUCAUUCCCACCCUAGAUUGCCUACCCGUGGAAGUCCAACGGCUGAUUUGCCUGUGUGUCGUCGAUUACUCAUGGCAUGAUUUGGCCGCUCUAAGUCGAACAUGCCAAGGUUGGCAUGAUCUCGCAGCUGCGGAACUCUACCGGAAUCUUCGAGUUGCAUUCUUCGACCACACAGAUCUUCUCAAUGCCAUCCUCCUUUCGAGAUUGAGGUAUCUUCGGCUACUCAGCUACGCCAUGCGGAAUAUGUUUCCUACUUGCCUUUAUCAGGCCCUUCAACGGCUACACCCAGCCUGCCAACUGGAUGUAUGGACGCCUCAGUCUCCGACCCUUGAUUUACCAGGUCUAGGACGCUCCCACCCUUGCGUUGGUAGCCAAUUCAAACAGCCUUUUGACCUUAACAUCCUGCGUUCCCCCGCACUUCAUACCAUCAACGCAGUCUAUACACUGGACAGGGAUGCUGAGCAGGGCUGGAUUUACAACGACGAAGCCUUCCGCUUUGUCUGUAUGGCUCCUAAUCUUAAGCACUUGCUGAUCCAUGAUAUGUACGGCCGGAAUGAAAACCCCAUCACCAAGGUUAAGGAAGAGUGGCAGGAGUUUAGUCUAAAUACAAAACCAUCCUCCGCAUCCUUCUCAAUAUCUCGACCAUGCUCAACCUGUCCAAAUCUCAGAUCCCUUGACAUGGGAGUCCAUUCCGAGCCGGCAAUGUUGAUCAAAGCCGCCUCGAUUAUGAUCCAUUUGGAACUUCUUUACAUCAAUAUGCUUCCCUGGAAAAAGCAAAUGAAGAUCCUCUGGGACGUGGAUUAUGAGGAUGCCACAUGGGAUAUUGAAGACAUGAUAUCUGCUGUGCGAGGAUUCAGGCCCCUGCGCUUUCUGUGCCUGCGGGGAUUGCGGAGCUUCGCCUCUGUAAGCCGCAUUGUCUCCCACCACAACACAUUGGCGGGCCUAAGUAUUGAGUCCUCCGAUAGGCAGCGACAAACACCUCAAGAAGGGCUUAAAUAUCCCAUCUCCAUCAGCGAACACGUUCGGUUAAUAGCAAACUUGUGCCCACGGCUCGAGGAAGUCCGUAUGCCACUUCAGCGUUCACAGGGUAAUGCUAAGGAACAUACACCACUGCGGGAUGAACUGCCUAGUUCCGCGUGCCUCCGGGAAAUUCUCAUCAACUCCGCCAUCGACGAACGUCUCGUCACAGAGAUCUUUAACCUUGUCUUCUUUAACCAACGGACACGUAGGAUCAAAAUCAUGCGCGUGAAACUCGCCAUAGGAGACGUCUUUGUACGGGAACUAGAACAUGUAGUUCGGCAACUCGGUCGAUCAUUUCUCGUCACACGAAAGGACUUCUACAUCAAUGAGGAUGUGCUAGUGGAUGUUACGGAGGUUGGACGAGUCGCAUGGCAGCUAUGGCGCGAGGACGAUAUUGGGUAUAUCGGGUCCAUCCAUAUACCUAAAGAAAUAAAAGCUAUUCUGGAGGAGUACUGGCCACUGCAGUCAGAUAGCAAUCGGAGUAAAAAAUGGAAUGAGUUUCCGUUGCUGGUCAGAAGCUUACCCUUGGAGAGUGUGUAA